UCCAGGCUGGCCCCCGGGGGGGCGCGCGCCUGGCCCGAAAUAGCUUGUUUUGAUCCCGCCACCUGGCCAGGAGCCCAGGCCUGGCACUUGGCGCAACCAGCUGCUCCUGCAGCAAGAUGGAAGCAGGUGACCGGGCGGGACGGUCCUGCGGGUCCGACUGAUGGAGGGAUGUCCGUUAGAGACGGGACAGUCUUCCUGAUUGCCCCUACAACGGGAAAAACGGUUGUUGGAGUAGUCUGGACGAGAUUCCCGCCGCAAGAAGGUUGUAAGACCAGACUGCAGGGAAGCGCGGGUACUUUAGAACCCCUCCUAACCUUGAACACAGUUUUAUAUUCUCUCCAUUGGUCCAUAGGCUUGCCAAUCACUGCUGCACGUUAUGGCUCUCCAAUCACACACGCUCUCUCAGUCACCCGCCUUUGGCCGCUUUCCAAUUACUGUUCAUCAUUGGUUGCCUUGGAGCGGCUGUAGUCCCGCGAGGGCACCCGGAGGGGGCGGGCUGAUAGGGCAUUGCUAAGCGACCGAGAGGCGCUGGGUCGGUCGGUGAAGGGGAGUUCCGUGAAGCGCGGAAGUAGCCACCGGAUGAACCGCAGGUGAGGCCAUCCCUCUUCCGGGAACCGCAGGAUGCCCGGGGACGACCAGGCCUGCCAGUUUUCAACACUCAAGACAGCCCCUUUGGGGAUGCUCCCCUGGGUCAAAGCUAGACCUGGCAUCCCAAGGUGAGAACACCACACAGAGAGUGCUGUGUGCCAGCCUAGUAGCAAGGGAGCGAAGACCUGUGAUAAGAGAUGCGGACCCUGAGUCCAUCCAGGUCCCAGAGAUCCAGGAUCCCAGAAACUCCCAAGGCUCUGGCCACAGAUCCCAACUCCCUUGAGCUAUUUGAGGAGUCCUGGCCAUCCAGGUCAGGGACCCCUUCCCCACCCAGCACCACUGAGGAACAGAUGGGUGUCUCCUCACCACCCACCCUGAUUGACAGUGGUGACUCUGUGGUGGCCAAGUUCAUAAACCGGUUCCGCCAGGCUCAGCCCACAAGCCGAGAGGAACGCCAGCCUGCAGGCCCAACCCCAGCAGACUUUUGGUGGUUGCGGCCUGAAUCUCCAGACCCUAGUAGUCAACUUGCAGCAGCAGGAGCCAAUAAACCAGAAGGAAGACUCACCACGGAAGUCCCGACUCUUGCCAAGGUGGCCAGUGCAUCACAGGCUAAGGCUAUGGCCCCCCUUCAGGAAAUAAAGCAGAGCCUCAACACAUGGAACUCAUCUCUGCUGGACCUGGAGAUGCUGAGCCUGCAAAGCAGAGCUGCCAGGCUGCUGAAACACAGCAAAGUCUCCGUCUCCUCCUCCUGCAGCCCCAGCAAUUCCAGCAAUUCCUUAUUCCCUGUCAGCUCUGAUGGUUUUUCUCCUUCCUCUGUGGCCUUCACCCCUGACUCCAGCAAGGGCUCUGACCCCAAGGCACAUGCAACUCCUGCACCAGCCCCCAUCCCUGCUCCAGCCUUGGUCUCCUCCCAGGCACCCCUGCGACCAGAGGAUGACAUUCUGUACCAGUGGCGACAGCGGCGGAAGCUUGAACAAGCUCAAGGAGAUCAGGGUGACGGAACCUGGGUGCUGCCAGGGACUUCUGCCCUCACUACUCCGGUCCCUGUCCCUGUCAGUCUGCAUACCUCACCUGCCCCUGCAGAGACCCUUAGUUCCCUGGGAACACAGCCUAACUGCAUCCCACUUUGGGGCAGUGUGGCCGGGCCUGCUCCCCAGGAAGCCUAUGUGGAGAGGCCUCCUAUUCCCCCAGGGUUCUCUCCACACAUCUUUCGGGGCCCCUACCCCCAAGGGUUUUUCUGGGCCCCACAGACCGGUUCCUGGGUAUCCUUUGGGGGCGUCCCCCACAUGCCCUGUGCCUCUACUCCUGGGCCCCCUAUCACUCCCGAAGGCCCACCCACCCCUGCGCCAUGUAGCUCCGCCCAGCUGGAGAGGCAGGACCCCAGACCUCGGAAGGGUAGAGCCUGGCGCCCAGAAUCUGCUGGGCGAGUCAUGGUGGCUGACCAGGAGCCCAGCCCCCAGCUCCGCGGCCCUCUGGGCCAGGUGGUGACCGCUCGGCUCUUCCCCGACAGCCUGGAGGACACUCCCCCUCGACUCAAGGGCCUGCCUCCACCUCUGCCUGAAUCUCAGAAAAUGAAGACCGCACAACCCAAAACUAAGGUUAUGCCCCGGUUCUCAGAAGUUACCUCCCCUCUAUCGGAUUCACGGUUUCCUCAGGCGAUCCCACCUGGUCGGCCUAAGGCCGAGUCUCGAGAUGCCAAAGCCACGCCUCCCGCAGAGGGGUGGGUGCUUUGCAAGGAAGUCAGGAAUCCUCAGCCCAAGGCCCCGCCCCCUCCAGCUGAAGAGGCUUCCACCGGGGUUGAGGCCCCGCCCCCUUUGGUCGAGGCGGGAUCUCUAGAGGCUGCGGUCACCUCCUCGCCAGCUGCUGACCACGCCCCCCCAGAGGACCUGCUCUCCCAGGCCGCGAGGCUUCUGCAGGCUGCUGAAGAUUCCGACAGCAGCGAGUUCCAGGAGGACCCUGUGCUGCAGGUGCUAAGGGUUCAGAGGGCCGAGCUGCGGCGGCAGAAAAGGAAAGUGGACGCCCAAUUAUCCCUCCUACUGGGUCACACUGAAGACUCAGGGUCUUGGUCUCCUCCAGCCAGGUCGAUCCCCAGGUCCUCAAGGAUGCGGCUGAGGAGGGAAGGAGCCUCAUUUGAGGCCAGAAGACUUUGAAUUGUAGAAAUUCUGUUUUUCCCAAUGAAAUGCUCUUUUUGGGUUACAGGUUGUCUCUGAGAAAAGAGUCUGGAAAGGCCAAGAGUCAUGCUUGGGAAAUAACACCCCCGCCACCCCACCCCCCCUACCCUAGGUACUGACUGUGGUACAGAAUCUCUUCUAGUUUUAUCCUCUUUGAGGUCUAGGCAGGGGUGGGGUUCCAGGCAAAGCUUCAGGCAGGACUGGGACACAUCUUAACUCAGGAGUGGAUCCUCCUGUCUCAGAUGAGACAGAAGGAACUUCCCUCUUGGUAUGAAGCUAUCAGGGUGUUGGACAAUGGUUAGUCCUCAGUCCACAUCCUGCUUGAACCAGCACAGUAUUUGGUUCAUUGAUCCCACCCUCCUUGAAGUUUUUCCUUCCCCUGCCUCUAGCAUCACUGACAUGUCACUUUGGUGUGUCCCAGGGCUCUGGUCUUAAUUUCUCUAUCUAAACUCUUCCCAUGUGCUAUUGUAGCUUCCUGGCUCUACAUCCUAUCUCUAUUCUGAUAGUCCCUAAAUUUAUAUCUUCAGUCUAGACCUGGCCACUAAACCUCAGGCUUCUAUAUCCUGCUACCUGCUCAUCAUCCUCACUCACAGGUCUAGGAGAUGUCCCAUACUGCACAGGUCUUAAACUCAGCUCCCAAUCUUCUCCCUAAACCUGCUCCUUCCAAACUUUCCUCAGCUUUGUCCUUCCUGCUCAGUCCAAAAGCCUCAUAGUCGUCCUUGACUCCUGUCUUUUCCUUAUACCCACAGUCAGUUGACCGCAAGUCCUGUCAGGUCUACCUUUAAAAUCUAUCCAGAAUUUAACCCCUGCUUCCCCUUCCAUGGCCCUCACCGUAGUCUAAGCUAUCAUUAUCUGUUUGGACUAUUAAAAACCUGUUUGUUUUGUCAGCAAGUUCUUUGAAACAUUUCUUAUAAAAAAGUAGAAUCUAGAUUUCUUCUCCUUGAAACUGGAUAGAGCUUUGUGACCGCCUCCAUAAACAGAAUGCAGAGGAAGUGAUACUGCUUUAAAUUUAUAAACUGGAUUAGAAAAGAUGAUAUAAUUUC